AUGCUAUUUGUACUCUCCUUGCUAAUCAUAUGGCAACUGAUGGUGGUAGAAGGUGCUGCUUAUCCAGAACCAGUUUGUGGGAAGCCAAAAAUAAUAUCUUCACGAAUCAUUGGGGGCCAACCAGCCUCGAAUGGGUCAUGGCCCUGGCAAGUCAGCAUUUUUCGAGGCGGACGUCCUGUUGGCGGAGGCUCCCUUAUAAAUAAGCAGUGGGUUCUGUCAGCAGCUCACUGUUUCUUUGGAUCCCUUGCCACUGACCAAUAUGAUGUGGUGCUAGGUAUUACUCAGCUGAAGAAACCCACAAAGUCCGUGGUAGAAUCCAAAGUGAAACGGAUUAUUUCCCACCCUGACUAUGACGGCAAAAGAGGGGAUAUCGCUUUACUUAAACUUAAGUCUCCUGUGGAAUUCACUGACUACAUCCUCCCUGUCUGCCUGCCAGACUCUUCCGUACAGUUCCCUCCUGAAGCAGACUGCUGGGUCACCGGAUGGGGAAUGAUUCGACCAGGAGGGGGGCUGCCACCCCUAAAUGGCCUUAAUGAACUGAAGGUGUCACUGAUAAACCGAACAUACUGCAACACUCUCUACACCAGUAAUCCAAAUAUCUCAUUGGGUGAAGAACCUAUUCAGCCUGAUAUGGUCUGUGCUGGUUACCCUGAAGGUGGGAAGGAUGCCUGCCAGGGCGACUCCGGAGGAGCCAUGGCUUGCAAACUUGAAGGAGGUUGGACCCAGGCUGGGAUUGUGAGUUGGGGAGUAGGGUGUGCCCGGCCCAAUUUCCCUGGCGUCUAUGCUUCCACGACUUUCUAUGCCAACUGGAUCAAUGAGACGAUGGCUGCUAAUGGUAGUGGACUGCACCACACCUCCACAGUGAUACUCCUUUUGCUCUCCUUUGCUCUAGCGCUCCUGUGA